UUGCUCAUGUGCCAUUGACGGAAGACAACGGCUUGUCCUGAGACAACUUACGCAGGAAGAGGCCGAAGCAGUUUUACAAGUUCUUGUAAAAAAAUAUACUUUAUUCUAUGGAAAUGCAAGGAGAUUCUGUCCAGAAUUGCUUUCCGAUCCCCGGACUAUAUUGCUUCAGUGGUCCAGACGGCAUAGCCAAUGAUCGGGUACAUCUUUUAAAGGACUCAUCACCCAUUUACACCGGCCCAUACACCCCAGAAAGAACCUUUGACGUCGAAUACAUCUGGCGCCCUGCUCCAGGUACUCCCUUUCAUCGACCUCGAGCCACCUUCUCCGGCGAAGUCGGAUGGCAUUCAUGGUUCUUUCUAGACACAGAACCCUUUAAAACCGGUCACCAAGUCCAUUUGGCUGAAUUUAGAAGACAGGUGGAAGAAAGGUGCACGAACCUCUACCAACCAGUUUGGAAACCAAAGCGAGGUGCAAACAUCCUGAAAAGCAGCUACGGACCGAAAGCACAGAAUAAAUCCAAAGCGAAAGAUCAAAGUCCCGCCUUCGAGAACAAAGCAUCACAACAAACUACACCGAGAUCUGCAGUCAUCUCUCCACUCUUCAACAGUGCUGCCUCUCCAGCCUCCGGCUUCUCUUCGAAGUCCAGGGCAUCGCACAAGAAGUCAGACGAAGCAGCGACCCCUCGCAGCGUGCAUGCAACAACUCCACAGCCGAUUUCGUCUAACGACCAAAACGUCAACAGAGGCGUCUCUGGCCUGUUAGAGACCCUCCAGGGCAUCGACGACCCCUCCUCUAACGUCGGACUCGUCAGCGUGGAAGCACUGCCCUGCAUCUCGAGGACCAGCCACUUAAGCUUCAGUUCAGCCGGCUCAAGACGAUCGCAAGGCUCGCAACCAAUUUUGCCCAGGAGCCAGGCGAGCAGCAUCGCUGAUUAUUACCCCGUCAGAGUACCUCGCAGACUUAACAGCGCCUUGGAACUCGGGAGAAAGGAAAGCUCCGGAAAUAGGGUCACCAGAUCGCAGUCUGUCGACCAAAAACGUUACAAGUAACUGCCAAUUUCACAAAGACUCCAAAAGAAAGGACAUUUAUCACUGAUCUCAACAGUCAUCUGGUUCUUUAGACUUCCCUUACCUCCACGUAGAAUUUCUAUUUUACUCUGUACUUAGAAACUCUCAGGUUUGGUUUUUUUUUCAUCGUUAAAGAAAAAUAUUAGUUACCUAGAAUACGUAACAAAAGCUAGUCUGCAAAAUUGCGAGUUAAGAUGUGUAUUAGCAUUUGUAAACUGUAACGGACGUGUCAGAAAACUCAAAAGGGCCAGGGUUGUGCCCUGAUUUGAAUCAGCUAACCGAGCUACAGAAAGUUUUUUUGUAAAACCCCAGCAAGCCAAAAGUUUUGAGAUAUCCCUUACGGCGUUUUUACCGAACUCUUCCGAAUCCGAGAUAACAAACUGUCCUGCUGCAAGUUAUACGGUGAUGGAGAUUUCAACCCUCACCUGUUUUAUUUGCGUAAAAGUGAGAAGAUAAACUUUGCGUCGUCACAGUCUGGAAAGUACCUAAUCCUCGCUUUCCAUAGUGACAAAGGAGUUUUACAUCUCCUGCUGGUCUUUCUUGCUUGGCUCAGGCUGAAUUGGAUCUUCCAUGUCCCCAUCCCCAACCCCCGCCCCAUUUUUUUUUUUUUUAAUCCGAAGGACCUAAUUGCUGUUUCCUUGAUAAAUUUAACCUGCUGAAUCUGAGUUUUAACAUUGAAACAGGUUCUGGAGUGUCAAGCAAUUUCAGAAGAGGUAGUCAUUAAGGUAGAGCCAAUCUGAACUCCAGUAGUCACAGAGAGAAAUUUAAGAGAAACGUCCGUUCUUGGUUUCUAGUGUCACAUUAGUCACUGGUAACCCACGAUAAGUUAACGACUUCGUUGCUAUGAGGAUCGUGGGGCAGCACGUCUUGGAGCAUAUUAUUCGGCUGAAGCUGUUGAGAAAACAGAACCCAAGCAAGAGCGAGCUUGAAAACAAAAUUUCUUCAAAAUGCAUCGAAGAAAAAGGACCUCCGGGAGAUGAAGAGAAGCCUCAAAAAAAGACCCACUACCUAAGUAUCUCCCCGCGUUUCGAUUUUCAAACGCCAGUCCAGUUGGAGAUUGGAAAGCCCCCCAAAAAAUCCCUAAUUUAUAAAACAAUCACAACUAUCGAUUAAUUCAUUUGAUAACUUUAAAAAUAGUAAAAUAAACAAACAGCAAGAAAGUAAGUCAAAUCAGUUGCCGUCCUUAUCUGCUGCCACCCGCUGUACGUACCUGUAAGGUCUCCGGUUGAUGAUGAAGAUGGCAGAAGCAAAUGCGACGUUCAAUGCAAACUGGAACAAUGCAGACCUUAGUCCUUACAGUAUGAGGCGUCCAGGGAUGCUGACAUAUCGGAGUGGUUCGGUUCUGCAGCUGUGCAUCUAUCUCAGAAGCAAGCUGGGAGAGCUCUUCAGAACGAUAAACCAAUCGCUGAGCUCGAUGGCAUGGGUCUCUUCUGUACGCCUUCUUUUUUCCACUAUCCGAGAGCACACCCCUGGGAUCUGGACGACCGCCGCCAGACCCACACUUCUAAACAGUGUGAGUCCGACUGGCUGGAACGCAACGAGGGAGGUCACUGCCGUGCCGCAGACGACAAUUAGGAGGCAUUUGCACGAGUGUGCCGCCAGGAGGGAUCGUUUAGUGACGCAUUGGCAAGGUCUGCGUACUCGGAUGUCCAGCGUCACUCUGCAGCUGCAGCGUGUCACGGCGUCUGGCAUCCAGGAUCAUGCAGCAACUUAUUUUGAGGGACCUGGUAAACUAUGUGAGACUGGUUGUGGCUUUUUCGCAUACUCUUCUCAUCUCGGGAUGGUCGUCCGUUUCGUCUCGGCUGAGGAUGGCCUACUGCUCAAGCCGCUUUCACCUUCGCCGCUGGGGCGAGGCGACUUCAGCCGUGAGAAGACGCCUGUGGUCCCGCACACUGGCCGCCAGCCCUUCCCGAGAGGACCUGGUGUGCACCUGUGCGGAGAUCAUUAAGAACGAGAAAGCAAACUUCAUUUUGGAGGACGUAGCCGUCUGGUUCUGCGACGCGCAGGACACGGCAGUCGUCAUCGCGUUCAUCUUCGUUUUCGUGAUCGUGGCGGAGAUGCUAACGUCGUCGUUGUUUCUGCCGUGCGUUCCUGCAUCCUUGCUGGCAAACCAUGAUUUGAUAUCAGCAGCCGUGUUAUCGGAUUCAGUUAUUUCUUCACUGCCUCAGGCAGUUAGCGGAGAUGUGGAUUGAUUUCCCAUGAACAAUGACAAAAAGGAUGCUGGGUAAAAGUACAAAAAGUUUGGACGGAACUGGAUAUUAAUACAGUGUCUCUGCCUUAUCAUUAGCUGUUCGUGCAGCAGCAGGUUAGUUUUUUUUUUGGAGGAAGAUCUCAAGGUAAAGGAAAACUUUGUCUCUUUAUGUCUUGAACCAUAACACUUCAGAUAAGGGAAUAUUCUGGGAAUCCAAGUGCUAUUAGGAUGAUCUUCCAUAUGGCCUAGCUAGAAUCCACAUUAGGAGUUGAUACACCCAGUGAAAGCAAUAUUUAGCUGUUCUUCUUGGAUAAAUUAGUAUAAAGAUUAUUUAUCUGCUCAUAUCAACUGAAAUGCUUGAGUGAUUUUCUCUAUGAGAGCAAGGGUUGUAACUGUCUUACUGAGAGGGUUUUACAGCUACUGCUUUGUAGUUAUCCAUCACUUACAUGGCACUCAAAAGGUUACUUGAUAAGCUAGUCAGAAAUCUGAACAUAUCAAUUACAUAAGAAAUUUUGUUUUCAUGUUUUUUGUUGUCUGCUCAUCUCCUUGGAUGUUGACGCUUAAAAAUCCCAUCUUCACUUUCAUUGGUGGUGCUCAAAAUAUCAGCAUUCUCUUUUGUAAUGCACAACUUGCACCCAUCCAAAUAAAAAUGUUUAGGUUUGAUCUCCAAAAUGACUAAAGACUGCACCAGCCUUAAUGUUGUAUCUUUAAGCCACUCUCCACAUUAAGUUUUUGUUUUUUAACUGUGGUUGAGCAAAAUACCAUUCCAUGGGACUUCACCGUCAUGUGUGCACAAUGAGCUUUGUGACUCUGUACAGUAUUUUGAAAGCAAGAUUACAAACUCAACAGUUUAGCCUUUCAUGUCUUUGAUAUGAAGCCUCCAUGAUCUCAUAUAUCUAUAUAUAUGAGCAGCAAAUAAAUUAUAAACAAAAUA